UUGUUUAUGUGGUUGCAUUUAUAUGCUAUCUUUCUUCUAUAUCUGAAAAACUCUCUGUAGCUAUUUUGUUCUUCAACAAUGGCUGCAACAGCUACUACUACAAGUGCUUCCAUUUUCAAUUCUUCUAAGCAAAUCACACCUCUUUCUACCAGAAUUACAGCUAGUAGUUUCUUGGGUGCUCGAUUUUCGUGCAAUUAUCCGACUAAGAGAAACUUAACUAAAAUCAGUCGAAAAUUCAGUGUUUCUGCUGCUUCUUCAGUCGCGGUCGCAGCGCCUCCAUCAGAGGAAAUUAAAGAAUACGUGCUUCCUACAUGGGCUGAAUUCGACAUUGGAAGAGCUCCAGUGUACUGGAAAACUAUGAAUGGUCUUCCUCCUAGUGCUGGAGAAAGAUUGAAGUUAUUCUAUAAUCCAACUGCAAACAAGCUUGUUCCUAAUCAAGAAUUCGGAAUUGCUUUUAAUGGAGGUUUUAAUCAGCCAAUCAUGUGUGGUGGUGAGCCGAGAGUGAUGCUCCAGAAAGUUAGAGGAAAAGCUGAUCUUCCUAUUUACACGAUUCAAAUAUGUAUCCCAAAGCAUGCGUUGAGUUUGAUAUUCUCGUUUACAAAUGGAACUGAUUGGGAUGGUCCCUAUAGACUUCAGUUUCAAGUCCCGAAAGCUUGGAGAAAUAGACCAACCGAAUUUUUCACCGAGGGUCUUGCGGAGGAAUUGAGUAAAGAAGGUGCAUGCGACGAAGCCAUAUUUCCAGACUCGACCGUUGUUGGCACAACAUGUGCCAUGAUUGGCAACUUAACACUCGAAGGAGGCGAUCGGUGCAAUCUUGACAUAGUAACUGGAUGUACGGAUCCAGGCUCAGAAAUGUUCGAUCCACUUGCCACAGUGGAUGAUGGCUCUUGCCCUCCUUACUCCGAUUCCGAUUAGCAUCAUAUUUAUAGUUCGGGAUUUGGAAAUUCCUAUAUUUAUAAGAUUAAGUACUCUUGUAUACUACAAUCGGGCUCGUGUAUAUAACGCUUCGGUAGCCACAUACUCGAAUUUUCUUGAAAAUAUGUUGUUGAUGAAAAUAAAAUAAAUUGGAUUACAUAUUGUUUGUUCCAUAUCCAUUUGGAUUAAUCUUGGAGAGUGGAUAUCUAGAUAUAUGAUGACUUCUUGAGC